CCAUAAGUCCAGAAAAUGGAAGAUUUGGAUCUAAAGGAGGACAGAACAGAAUCUCCAGGAUCCAUCAGUCCAUCUAUGAGGAGUGACCAGUCCAAAGAUGAUACUCCAGACUUCAAUACUGAACCUGGACCAUCAGAACCAGAGGUGAACCCCAGCUCUCGCCCAAUUACUGCUGAACAUCGGCAUCAGUCCCUCUAUGACCCUGCAAAGAAAAGCAUAUUUAGACAAUGGAUGGAUAAAUGGAGGGAAGAUCUUCCUGGAUGGAGGAAUAGAAGCAGCUGUGCUCCAGCAGAUGUUGGUCUGCAGGAGGUCCUAGAGGAACAUAAGAUCAGUCUGAGGAGGAGAUGUGAACGUGUGACUGAAGGAAGUGAAACAGGAAGUGAUAAAACAGGAAGUAGAACCCUCUUUAACAGGAUCUACACUGAUCUCUUCAUCACAGAGGGACAGAGUGAAGAUGUUAACACCCAGCAUGAGGUGAAGCAGCUGGAUAGAGUUUCCAAGAUCCAGAACCUCCAUGACUCUCCAAUCAGGUGCCAGGACAUCUUUAAAUCCUUCCCUGACCAACAUGGAGCCAUUAGAGUGGUUCUGACCAACGGCGUCGCUGGUGUUGGAAAAACCUUCUCAGUGCAGAAGUUCACUCUGGACUGGGCCGAGGGCUUGGAGAACCAGGAUGUCAGUGUGGUGGUUCUGCUGUCGUUCAGGGAGCUGAACCUGAUCAGAGAUCAGCAGCACAGUCUUCUCUCGCUGCUCCAUGUUUUCCAUCCAACACUCCAGAAGCUCCCAGCAGAGCAGCUGGCUAAAUGCAAACUUCUCUUCAUCUUUGAUGGCCUGGAUGAAAACAGACUUUCACUGGACUUCAACAGCAGUCGGCUGGUUUCUGAUGUCACACAGACGUCAUCAGUCAAUGUUCUGCUGACAAACCUCAUCAAGGGAAAGCUGCUUCCCUCGGCUCUCAUCUGGAUAACUACCAGACCUGCAGCGGCCAAUCAGAUCCCUCCUUCAUGUGUUACCAGGGUAACAGAAGUACGAGGUUUCACCGACGCCCAGAAGGAGGAGUACUUCAGGAAGAGGUUCAGUGAUGAAGAGCUGUCCAGCAGAAUCAUCUCCCACAUCAAGAUCUCCAGGAGCCUCCACAUCAUGUGUGGAAUCCCAGUCUUCUGCUGGAUCACUGCUACGGUUCUGGAGAACAUGUUGACCUCAGAACAGAGAGGAGAGCUGCCCAAGACCAUGACUGACAUGUACUCACACUUCCUGCUGGUCCAGACAAAGAGGAAGAAGAACAAGUACCAUGGAGGACAUGAGACAAGUCCACAGGAUCUGAUGGAGGCUGACAGGGAAGUUCUUCUGAAGCUGGGGAAACUGGCAUUUGAACAUCUGGAGAAAGGAAACAUCAUGUUCUACCAAGAAGACCUGGAGAAGUGUGGUCUGGAUGUCACAGAGGCCUCAGUGUACUCAGGAGUUUGUACAGAGAUCUUCAAAAGAGAGAAUCUGAUCUUUCAGAAACCAGUCUACUGCUUUGUUCACCUGAGCAUCCAGGAGUUUCUGGCUGCAGUUUACAUGUUUCACUGUUUCACCAGCAGGAAGUCAGAGAUGAUCAAGACGUUCCUGGGAAAAACAUACAUUGAAACAUCUCUAGAUGAGUUCAUGAAGAAAGUCAUGGAGAAAUCCCUCAGCAGUAAAAAUGGCCACCUGGACCUGUUUGUCCGCUUCCUUCAUGGUCUCACUGUGGAGUCCAACCAGAGACUCUUAGAAGAUCUGCUGGGUCAGACAGAGAACCGUCCAGAAACCAUCCAGAGAAUCAUCACCAACCUGAAGGAGAUGAACACUGAUAGAAUCUCUCCUGACAGAAGCAUCAACAUCUUCUACUGUCUGGUGGAGAUGAACGACGUCUCAUUUUAUCAGGAGAUCCAACGGCUGCUGGAUUCAGGGAAGAAACUCUCAGUGACUGACUGUUCAGCUCUGGCCUUCAUGCUGCAGAUGUCAGAGGUUCUGGAUGAGUUGGACCUGGAGAAGUACAACACAUCAGCAGGUGGACGACUGAGACUGGUUCCAGCUGUGAGGAACUGCAGAAAGGCUCGCAUCAAAUCCAGCAGAUGAACGGAGACACAACUGGGAGCAUCAUGUGUCUGGUCUGCUCCCAGUUUCCUCUGUGGCAGCAUUUAAUAAUCUGCUGCUGGGAGCCAUGUUUCUAUAGAAUAUACUACUAUUAUUAAUGAUGAGGAGGAUUCUAGAUGCUGCAGCAGCAGAUAUGGGCUAAACAAACCCAGAGAUGCCAGAGGUCCACAGCAGGCUGGACUUCCUGCUCUGCUCACUUCAUUUAUAACUCACUUCCUGCUUGGUGGAAGAUCUCAAGGAGCCAAACGGUCUAGUCCAAGUCAGUGUGAGUCAGAGCUGUGAGCAGUUCCUCCUCCUCUCCAUCAUCUCCAGUAGUUUCCUUCAUUCAGCUCAGUCAGCCUCUUCAUCAGCUGCUGCAGCUCCUUUGAGGCUCUGAUGCUGCAGAGAAACUGAACUUUCCUUCACAGAUGAUAGAAGAUCUUCAACAUCUGACUGAGCUGAAGGUCUGAGGACAUGAAGCCUGGACCAGAACCAGAACCAGAACCUGGACUUUAGUCAGGAACUGCACAGACUCUCUGUCGGGUCAAA